AUGCCGUGCCUUAAACAACCGCGGAGCGACCCGGGAACUACGGCUUUACACUUGGAAUGUGGACAUUACGAUCGAGAGACCGUGCCAAUUCGCACUGUUACAAUAAUUGCAGUUAAUGAAAGUGCCGGCGCCAGUUGGCUGCUUGCGCGCAGGUUGCUGGGCCACGGCGGUUUCAGUCUCAAGAGGUCGGCGUACCUGAGGCUCUGA